AUUUGAAUUUAGGGCUCCUGUGUGCUAUGGUUUGGAGCUGUUCUUCCCUCCCCGGCCACGCGAAUGUGGGCUCUGGAAAAAGAAGCACGGUCGUGUCGCUGGAGCAGCAGCUGGAGUUCGCGAGGAAGGGGCAUGUUUGCAUCCGGAGAUUGUUCUCCAGCGCUGAGAUUAAGCUUCUCAGGCAGAGGAUCCAGGUGCAAAUCUGCAAGGAGGAAGAAAUGCUCGCGGCUUACAAGCACCGCGUCUCGGUGCUGUGCCCGGGCAUCGAUUUGCGUAGCGUCCAAAGCGUCAAGCAAGCCAGAGCGUUGAUCCAAUCCAAGGGGAAUGACGAUCUUGGUUUCUUGCAAAUGUUCCAUCUCCACCGAAGAGCUUCUUCUCUGGACGAAUUCGUCUUCCACCCUCGAGUCUGCCAGGCCGCAGCAGAGCUCCUCGGAUCAAACAGAGUUCGCUUGUACCAGGAUUGUCUCUUCAUCAAGCUCCCAGGAUUCAGUGUCACAAACUGGCACUCGGACCUCAACAUGGUCCCGCUCGACACGAACUCCUUUCUCACGUUUUGGAUUCCACUCCAUUCACUGUCACAAACGGACUCCACGCUCCACUUUGCGUCCGCGUCUCACACGGACUUUGCUCUGCCGUAUUGGCAAUCCAACAGAGGGAUGGACAACUUGGAGCGAAGGGGAUACUCGAUCGAAACUUACAGAGAACUCGCUGCUGGAGACGCGACUGUCCACCAUGGCUGGACCUUGCACUUUGCGCCCGAGCAACCGGUUAGUAGCUCGUCCUCUCGUCUUGCAUGGACAGUGAGCUACUUUGGCGAUGGAGCGCGCUUGCUGAGCACAAAACAUGCAAGGAGGAAAGUCCAGGAUGAAGACUUGGUAAGCUUUGGAGGCUGGUUCAAGGACGUAAAAGAAGGACAAGUUGUUCGCCACAAGCUUCUUCCUCUAGUUUACAACAACGGCUUCGUUUGAUACUGCCAAAACGAGCGGACCAAACGUAGUUCUCAGACUUUGGCUCUUGUCACUGCCUGGAUUCCAGCUUCUUUUGGACGAAGCCUUCCUGUGCUGCAGAAACCACCAGCUAUAAACGAAAUGCGAACGUUGGAGGAAGAAGAAAACUAUAGAGAAUGCC